CCUUCAUUGACGACCACUGCACUCUUACAAGAUAAUGUCGACUGAAUCUAGGAGAAGGGAGGCGGAGCUGGCCGCCACUGGUCGAGAGGAGUUGGACAAGAAGAUCAGGCAGCGUAUCAAUGAACUGUCCCAGCUCAGGUCACAGCGGAACGAGCUCGCACCCGUAUCCAAGCUUCCCCCCGAAGUCCUCGCCCACAUAUUCAGCAUAUGCUCGAUCCUCGAGCCGUUUGUGAUCCAGCCCCCGUAUGGCACGCCCUUGCAUUCGUGGUUUAAGGUCACGCAGGUGUGCAAGCACUGGCGGGAGGUUGCACUUAACUGUGCGCCGCUGUGGCACCGCAUUGAGUUCUCUGCGCCCAAAUGGACGGUGGAGAUGCUGCGGCGGUCGAAGAAUGCGCCCAUUGUCGUAAGAGCCGACCUCACGUACCGCACGCCCAACUUUGUCAACACGGUCCAGCAGGCUCUCGGUGAAGUGCACAGGAUAAAGGAGCUUGAUCUCAUAGCACCUUCGCAGAUGCUUUCGAGGCUUGCAGGGUCUCUUUCGCGGCCAGCUCCCGCGCUGGAAUCCCUUCGACUAAGCAGUCAGCGGCUUAGUGCGUACAUGGAUACUAUCUACCACGUCCCCGACACCCUCUUCCAGGGAAGAGCUCCGCGUCUGCGCCGGCUCGAGCUGGUCAACUGCGAGAUUGCGUGGACUUCGGGGUUCCUUGCUAACCUCACCCAUUUACAUAUCGACAAGGCUACUACCUACGAUCCCGGUCGGCCCACCAUGACCCAGUUCCUGAAUGUGCUGCGCAACACACCUGCCCUGCAGUCUUUGCGCCUGAAGCACGCUGCACCGCUAGACCCCGAGAGCAUCGACGAAGACACGCCUCGCGUGGAUCUGCCUAAUUUGACCAAGGUGUACAUCCAGGACUUUGUGGAGAACACCUCUGGUAUUCUGAAGAGUCUGAACUUAGCCGACAACGUCAAGAUGAAGCUGGAGUGUCGAGCGUCGAGCGGCAGGGAAAACGAGCUCACCGAGCUCGUGCGGAUGGUCCAAGGGUACCGUCUGAAGGAGAUAGAAGGACGGCAGCACCUGGAGAGCCUGCGCAUCAUCAUUGAAUACGGCAGUGUGCAGAUCAUCGGCGGCUCACUGAAGGAGACCGCGAUACCGCACAUGGCCGUCCUCUGGACGGACCCGUCUGCCAUCCCCCAGAUCGACCUCACCUUGAUGUGGCACGGCGGCUCGAACAACGAGCGCACCAAGGCGAUCCUGUCGGCCGCUAGCCAAAGCCUAGACCUACAACACGUGCAGUCGCUCAACGUAUACUGCUCCGAGCCUGUCCCCGUCGACAGCUGGGUUUCAACGUUCGCGAAGCUCACCGCGCUCAGCUCGCUGCGGCUGGGAGGGUACCGGUGCUCGACGCUGAUCGAGUCGCUCGCGCGGACCACGCCCGUCGACCGCGCGGAGCACGAGCGCGCGCCGAUCGUCUUCCCCGCGCUCAGUCACAUUGGGCUGAACGACGUCGACUGGUCGGAGCGCCUGACGGAGAACAUGCAGGUCGACCUGUUCGGUGCGUUCCGGGACUGGCUCGAGUUCCGCAUGCUGCGUGAGGCGGCCGUGCGGGACAUCACGCUGCAGAACUGCACGAGCAUUUCGGACGGUAAGGUCGCGGAGUUCAAGGAGCGCAUUCGCGGCGAGGUGUCCUGGGACGGCGUGGACCGGGAGCUUAGCAGUGACGACGAGUCGCUCGACUACUAUGGGGACCUUGUGGAACCUUACACGCAUGGGAUGUGGGAAGAGCCUUCUGACGAUGAGUACGAUGUGGAGACGAUAUUUGGAUUCCCGUUUUGAGGACACGGCGGAUGCGUUACUGUAUUGUACUAGUAUUGAUUACCC